CGAUGGAGAAGCGCGGCGUGAGGUCGUACCUGACGCGGACGCCGUGCGUCGCGGCGGCCGCCGCCUCCGGCGCGCUGCUGACGCUGCUAGGCGCGUGCCUGGGCUGGGUGUACAUGCCCGCCGAGCUGGACCGCCAGGUGGUUGAGAGGGUCGUGCUGAAGGACGACUCGCCCGCCUUCGAGCUGUGGAGGGUGCUGCCGCAGCCUCUGGUGGCCAAGUUCUACCUGUUCAACGUGACCAACCCCGCGGAGGUGCAGAGCGGGGCGCGCCCCGUCCUGCAGGAGGUGGGGCCCUACGUCUACGACGAGUACUUGGAAAAAGUCAAUAUAGAGAAGCACCAAGAUAGCGGAACCAUUUCUUACAACUUGAAAAGUACAUUCAUCUUCAAUCCGGAGCUGUCCGGCGAAGCGUCGACGUCCGACAACGUCACAAUUCUCAACCUGCCGUUGUUGGGCACGGCCUUGAAGGUGAAGCGGCUGUUCCCGUUCGCGCUGAAGCUGAUGGACCCCGUCCUGGCGGAGAUCUUCCCGAGCUCGGGGUCCGUGUUCCUGACGGGCAGCGUGGCGGAGGUGCUGUUCGACGGCCUCCCCGUCGUCGACUGCUCCUCCAACACGUCCGACACGGCGGGCAUGGUGUGCGAGCAGCUGGACGGCCAGCUGCCCGAGAACGUGCAGAGGACGAGCGACGACGUCUACAAGUUCUCCUUCUACGGAUACAAGAACGGCACUUCGACGGGACGGUUCACGGUGGACCGCGGGCUGGCGGACGCGCGCCGCCUGGCCGAGGUGGUCGCCUACGACGGCGAGAACAGCACGGCGGCGUGGGGGGACCCGCGCUGCGACCGCUUCGGCGGCACUGACGGCCUCUUCUUCCCGCCGCUGCGCAGCCCGGGCGACCCGCUGCUCGCCUUCUCGCCCGACAUCUGCAGGACCGUGACCUUGAAGUACGAGCAGAAGACCCGGUACCGGGGGCUGCCGGUGCUGCGCUACGUGAACGACCCGGCGCUCCUGCAGGACCCGGGGGAGAACCCCGACAACAAGUGCUACUGCGCCGGGCGUCCCGGCCGCAGGACCUGCCUCAAGGGCGGCGUGCUGGACCUGUCGCCGUGCAUCGGGUUUUCCGUCAUACUGAGCUACCCUCACCUGUACAUGGCAGACCCGGAGUACCUGAAAUACGCCGUGGGCAUGAGUCCGGCUAGACGAAGGCACGAGACGUUCCUGGAAGUAGAACCGAGGACGGGCGUGCCCCUGCGCGGCUCCAAGAAGGUGCAGCUGAACAUGUUCCUCACGCGCAUCCCUGAGGUGACGGUGUUCAGGAACGUCUCGGAGGGCCUCUUCCCCGCCAUGUGGCUGGACGAGGGGAUCGAGGUGAACGACAAAAAUCUGGUCCUCCUCCGCACGCUCAACAACGUGGUCAACACGGUCUACACGACCAGGUGGAUGGCCAUCAUCCUGGGCCUGGCGCUGUGCGCCGCCGCGUGCAUGGCCUGCUACUCCAGGAAGAAGAACUGCGGCUCGUACGACAACCGCGUCGUCCCGUUCAAGGGGCGAGGGACCUUGAACAUGGGCUUCGAGCACGACGGCCCCGUCAAGGUUGCGGCGGCGGCGGCGCAGCCCCCGGACGUGACGCGGACGUGUGUCCCGGCGGUCGACACCAGGAGGAAGGGGUCGACGUCUCCGGUCGCGGACUCGAGGCGGGAGGGUUCGCCGGACAGCCCGGGCGCGACCGUCUCCGCCGCCGACGGCUCCCCGGCCCGGCCCGGCGGCGCGGACUCCGACAGCGUCCACUCGUCGGCGGAGGACACGAAGAGCACCUCCUCUUUGCGGUCCGUCGACGAGGCCAAAAUCGCGACGAGCGCCGCGAGUCCAAUCAGAGGCCCGGGCGAGUGCGCUGACGGGGACAGCGCCCGAUGAUCGCUCGCCUCGCCUCGCCUUUCCCUUCCCGGAAGGAAAAAAAAAAAAAAAACAAUUCUCGACAUUGGUGCUGCACAAAAUAUUCGUACUGCCUGUAAGCACUCCAGGGAUUUCUUUACUUUUCCUCGUUUUCAACCUGACGCACACGUUGAUUCAACUCGAGCAAGAUUAAAUGGAAGUAUAACAAAUUUUGUUAAAAUGCAAAAAAAAAAAAAAAAAGCUUACUGACCUUCCAAAACCAAGAGUGCAAGUAAUAUAACGUAUAAUAAUGGGCAUAAUAAAGGAAAAGUUUUAAAGUUUUUAUCAACUGAUAAGUAAAAAAAAAUUUUUUUAAAGAAUAAAAUCAAACCAAUCUUUUGUGUUAUGGGUAUUAUAUGAAGUUGCAAUUAUUGCAAACCAAUAAAUUUCUUAAACCGACUUUUAAGCGAUGCCUACCCACAACAGUGUCAAAGCCGAAAGUAAUACGUCAGUUUAAACACAAACAAACCUAAAUAUAAAAAUUUUCUCUCAGAUUUCCACACAUAGCCUAAAAUCACUGUAUCAUUACAUUUUUGAUACAUUUUUCAUUUUAAAAGUCAUCUAGUAUUUUAUUAAUCCCAGGAUUUUAUCGAAUCAAUACCAAUAUAGUAUUUUGACCAAACCCGCUCUGGAUUAUUUUUCAGGGCAUUACAUUAAUUUUAAAUUAUUUAUUAUAAACUAUGGAAAUAAGUGAAAACAUUACGAUUGACUAAAAUUUCAGCAAAUGUUAAAAUGGUUUUUAAUGGAAGCAUUUAUCUCUAGUAUGCAGUAGCUGAUUUACUGUAAAUAAAAUUAAUUUCAACAUGACAGUGUCUUACAAAUUUAAAAUUAUGGUUUUGAACUUUCUGGUAAUGUUAAAAUAUGUCCCACAUUUGACAGUCACGUUUUCAUUUUAAAUCCCUCAUAAAUAAAACGGUUGUAGUAUACUAAUGUGAAGCAAUUCCUUCUAAAUAUUGUGAGAUUUGGAAAUCUUGUGUUUUCUGUACUGAUAUUUUUAUAUGUAAAAUAAAUAUCCCUUUAUGUUAAAAAUCGUUUACACACAAAGUAAUUUUUUUAAAGUGUGUUUCGUAUGUAAUUCAAACCAUAGUAUUCAUUUAUAAAAUAAUGAAUCCAAAAAAAUUUCACUUUAUCUUAGUAUUGCUCACGGAUGUGUUAUCAGUUUUAUAACAUCCCAUGGCCAGUUUGUUAAGUUAUCUGAAGUCAAAUUUACAACCUAUCAAUAAAAAAAUCCUCAACAAUUUUUCAUGGCUUAGUUAAAAAUAAGUAAAGUUGCCUUGAAAGUAGUAUUAAAAUUUUCCUACUAGGACAGGCUUCAGGAUGAGGAAGCGACCAAAACUUUUGUGACGUUACGGCGGCCAUUUUGGAUUACCUUGAACUUUGAACUUGACCCUUAAAAUUUGCACAAAAUUCGCC